UCUUGGCAGUUCUCGCGUCCUUCGGGCCCGACGCGGGCUGCUCCGCUGGUGCUUUUCCCGGGCGCUUCAGUGCGCCCCGCCAACGGCCUCUGAGAGCUCCCACCCGAGCGCCCCGGGAGCCGGCGGGCGGCGGCCCUCUCCGGGGACCUUCCAGCCGGCCCAGGGGGACAAAAGUGGCUCUAAAUCCAGCACAUGCACAUUGAAGCAAGUUAAAGGAUUUAAUAUGAAGCACAGAAGCAGAUAGUGUCAAAUAUUAAGCAGUAGUUGGUACACAUUUCUGGAAAAGCAGUGUCCGUGUUGUUAUGUACUCCUUCAAAAAAAGUUCAGAUCUGUAGGGGAAUUGUUGUGUAAAGUAAACUGAACUACAGGGUAGCAGUAUUAUAAUAGCUAUUGUAGACGUGUACUCAUAUUUACUGUAUUAAAAUGAGUAAAAGAACAAGCAGUGACACACCGCUAGGAAGGGUGAGUGGGGCAGCAUUUCCUUCUCCCACUGCUGCUGAGAUGGCGGAAAUUAGUCGAAUUCAGUAUGAAAUGGAGUACACCGAAGGUAUCAGUCAACGAAUGAGGGUCCCGGAAAAAUUAAAAGUAGCACCACCAAAUGCUGACCUGGAACAAGGAUUCCAAGAAGGAGUUCCAAAUGCUAGUGUGAUAAUGCAGGUUCCGGAGAGGAUUGUUGUGGCAGGAAAUAAUGAAGACAUUCCAUUUUCAAGGCCAGCAGAUCUUGACCUUAUUCAGUCAACUCCCUUAAAACCUCUGGCACUAAAAACACCACCUCGUGUACUUACAUUAAGUGAAAGACCACUGGAUUUUCUGGAUUUAGAAAGACCUCCUCCAACCCCUCAAAAUGAAGAAAUCCGUGCAGUUGGCAGGCUAAAAAGAGAGCGCUCUAUGAGUGAAAAUGCUGUUCGCCAAAAUGGACAGCUGGUCAGAAAUGAUUCUAUGUGGCACAGAUCAGAUUCUGCCCCAAGAAAUAAAAUUUCAAGGUUCCACGCACCGAUUUCUGCACCGGAGUACACUGUGACACCAUCACCACAACAGGCUCGGGUCUGUCCUCCCCGUAUGUUACCUGAAGAUGGAGCUAAUCUUUCCUCUGCUCGUGGCAUUUUGUCGCUUAUCCAGUCUUCUACUCGUAGGGCUUACCAGCAGAUCUUGGAUGUGCUGGAUGAAAAUCGCAGUGUGAGAAGACAAAAUGAAAUACGUUGUGAAAGACCUGUGUUGCGUGGUGGGUCUGCUGCCGCCACUUCUAAUCCUCAUCAUGACGUCAGGUAUGGCAUUUCAAAUAUAGAUGCAUCAAUCGAAGGAACAUCAGAUGACAUGACUCUUGUAGAUGCAGCUUCAUUAAGACGGCAGAUAAUCAAACUAAAUAGGCGUCUACAGCUUCUAGAAGAGGAGAACAAAGAACGUGCUAAAAGAGAAAUGGUCAUGUAUUCAAUUACUGUAGCAUUCUGGCUGCUUAAUAGCUGGCUCUGGUUUCGACGCUAGAGGUAACCUCAGCUCUCAAAAAUACUGGCUCAACAGCUGGAAAUAUAAAAGAUUUGAAAACUUCUUUGUUUGUCUUUGCAUUGUAUGCCAUUUUAUAGUCCAUGCCCUAAAAAUGUAUUUCUUCCAGAAAGUAGGGGGGAAGGACCUGUAUUUGUAGAAGUAAAGGUACUUUCUGUCACUCAGCUGUAUUCACUUUUACCAGUUCUGUAGUAACACCUAUUUAAAAUUCUCUCUUUGCAUGUUUUGUAAAUAGGCUCUAGUUUGUUUUCUAAAAAGAAUUGAUUUUUUGCCUCGUCAGUCUACACAACUAAUUCUCUGAAUGAGAGAGAGAGUGCAUAGAGAAUGGAUUUAGAAAAGUAUCUCUAAAAGAAAAACAAUAUUUUGUCAUGUUUCUCAAACAGUUAGAUUAAGCAGUUUUGUUAAUAGACAUUUUUGCAUCCACAUUUCAACAUUAACACUUUUGAAGUCAUGGUCUGGUGCCAGAUUUAAGAAAAUCAAGCCACCUAAUAUUUUAUGAUCACCUUCAUUAAGCACCUGUACAGAUUAAAUUAAAAUAAUUCCUAACAUUUCAGCAGCUUAUCUAAUAUGUGUGCAAUAUGUACGUUCUUAUUUUCAUUUUAGUUUUGCAGACCGUUUUCUAUAAAGUAUGUUUUUACUGAAUCCAUGUGUGAAUAAUUUCAAAAACUACAGAAUAAGGUACCGGUGUAGUGUAUUUAAUAAACUGUCAACUAAAGCAAUAUUUGUCUUUUGAAAGAUUUUAUUUCCUCAUACUGCUCUGUGAGCUAAAUUC